CGCUCUUGUCGCCGACUGAAGACACAUCAGACAAGUCACUAUGUCCUCUCUGUCGUUCCCACGACACAACCGAAGGCCAAAUAUGUAACACGUGCCUUUCCAAGAACUUAAAAAUGGCUCUCGAUCACUUCAGAGCUGCCAUGCAGUGCAGCCUGCGGCGUCUCGAGGACGCAGAGCAACAACUCGAUUCCGCGUCGACGAAGCUGACAUCAAACAUUCAGACGGUCGGUAUAGAAGCGGAAAAGAUGCAGCGAGCGUCGAAACAAAUGUUCGACGAAUUGGUUGGCAUGUUGAUGCGUGGGAGGAAAGAACUGAUGCAGAGCGUCACUGAACAGAGGCAGCGGAGAGUUACCGAGUUAACGGGAAAACAUUCUUCUGUUAUCCAGAAGCUGAAUCAAGUGCGAGAAGCGAAGAGACAAUGUCAGCAACUUUUGCAAAGGCGGCUUGAUCUUGAUUUGUUGCUUCGUAAGGAAAGGAUCGAAGCCGCACUUACGAGAGCCGCUGAUCUUCCAGAGGGAGACUGGUCAGCUCGACCGUCAAGAAUCCCUCGAAUCAGUGGCGAAGCAUUGAUGCGCGAUCUAAUGGCAUUGAUGAGGAAACACACAGAGAUCGUUGUCUUUCGAGCCGGUCAAAGCGAAAACAACACAAACACAAGUACACAGUCUAAAGACUCUAGUGAUGGCAACAGAGCCAGUCAUCUUACGUCACAAUCUAAAUCUCCAAACGGCAGUCAAGUCGCUUUGUCUCAUUCUCCAGGAACAGAAUCACAACUCUUACCUCGAACCGAUUCGUCUACUCAGACAGAAAGCGAAACAUCAAAUCCUGUUGAGUCAGAGCAGGCGCCUUCUGAGAAUGAGGAUACCCAGAAUGGAGACGAUGCGGUGGCUGCAACCAGCACAGAAAGUAUGGAAACUAGUGAAGUUGUUGAAACGAUGGAAAGUGAAGCAAGCGGUAGGAAACCUAGUGAAGUGACUGAAUCUAGUGAAGCGAUUGAAACGAGUGAAAGUGUUGAAAUGAUGAAUCGUGUUAGAACACGUUCGUCUUCUGUGAAAGCCGAUAGUUCUAAAUCAGAGCGUCAAUGGCCGAGUUGUGAAUUCGAAAAACAAGUAGCCGAACCUGCACCCGCUACCGAAGAUUCAGCAACCGUUACCGAACCGGCAGACAAACCGAGUUGGUCAUACUCUCCUCUUGGAUCUCCCAACGGCUCAAGUGGCCCACCUUCAGCAUCAGUCUCAGCAUCUGCUCCUGCCUCAUCAACAUCAGACCACAUGUUUGAAGACGGGUUAGGCCCUGAUGGCAGCUACGAUUACUGCGCUCGUUGUAGCAACGGUGGUGACCUCAUCUGCUGCGAUAGCUGCCCAUUGGCGUAUCAUUCUCAGUGUCUUGAUGUUGAGUCAAGCCCGAGUGACAGCUGGAACUGCCCAGUGUGUGAGGCCAACUUCCAACCUCCACCAACCCGAAAAAUUCCCGAUGAAGUCAAGCCUGCUCAGGCGUGUCCACUGCUUCUUGAUCUAGUGCUGUGGCAUGAUGGUAGUUACCCAUUUAGAAAGCCUGUAACACGAAAAGAGCAGGCCCCAGACUACUAUGAUGUGGUACAAAGACCAAUGGACCUCUCGCUCAUCGAACGUAACAUGGCAAACGGAGAUUACACAGAAGACCGUCCACGUUUCAUUAACGACAUGCAACUUAUAUUUGACAACUGCAUGCUUUACAACAAGCCAUGGACGGAGGUGUUUGCUCUCGGUGUCAAGAUGCGCACAUUUUUCGAACAGAAGUUGAAGAUGUAUGCCAGUUGGUUGAUGGUUUUGAGUAAUGAGACAGAACCGGCACCGAAACGAACUAGGCUACAAUGAUGAUGGUGUAGUGUAUUGUCUCCCUUUUCACACAUACUGUAUCUAUUGAGCUGGUGCUUGCUGUUUGAGUAUUCGUAGGAAAGAGCACUUAGUUGCCUCGUGGAGACCCUAGUAGUUAGUUUGUGUAUGUGUGCGUUGGUGUAGUUGUAUUAUGAAAGGUAAAGGUUGCUAGUGG